AUGAGUUCCAGUGCAACAGAGAGUGGGAAGAGCGGCCAGUACCGGGUGGACCACCUUCUAAGUGCGGUGGAGAGUGAACUACAGGCUGGAAGUGAGAAAGGAGAUCCCACCGAGAGAGAGCUGAAAGUCAACCUGGAAGAAUUGGAUCUAUGGUUGAAGUUUAAGGAGCUAACCAACGAAAUGAUCGUUACAAAGAAUGGCAGGAGGAUGUUUCCUGUGCUGAAAGUGAAUGUGUCAGGGCUGGAUCCCAACGCCAUGUACUCGUUUGUAUUGGAUUUUGUGGCGGCCGACAACCACCGCUGGAAGUAUGUGAAUGGGGAGUGGGUUCCAGGUGGCAAACCGGAGCCUCAGGCCCCGAGCUGUGUCUACAUCCACCCAGACUCCCCCAACUUCGGGGCGCACUGGAUGAAGGCGCCCGUGUCCUUCAGUAAAGUCAAACUCACUAACAAACUCAACGGCGGAGGGCAGAUCAUGUUGAACUCGCUGCAUAAAUACGAGCCCAGAAUUCACAUCGUGCGAGUUGGGGGACCCCAGAGAAUGAUCAGCAGUCAUUCGUUCCCGGAAACUCAGUUCAUAGCCGUGACAGCCUACCAGAAUGAAGAGAUCACAGCUCUUAAAAUUAAGUACAACCCGUUUGCAAAAGCCUUCCUCGAUUCCAAAGAGAGAAGCGAUCACAAGGAAAUGCUGGAUGAUGUGAGUGACAGUCAACAAUCUGGAUAUUCCCAAUUAGGUAGCUGGUUUCUGCCUGGCACGGGUACUCUGUGUCCUCCUUCUAAUCCUCACGCUCAGUUCGGAGGACCCCUCUCACUCUCUACUCCUCAUGGCUGCGAACGUUACUCCACCCUUAGGAACCACCGCUCUGCACCAUAUCCCAGCCCAUACACACACAGAAACAACUCCCCCACUGGCUAUCCGGAUAACUCCUCGGCCUGUCUCUCCAUGCUUCCCAACCAUGACAACUGGUCCAGUCUGCAGGUUUCCACGCAUACCGGUAUGCUGCCCAUGACACACAACACCGGUACUGCCACCAGCUCUAGCCAAUAUCCGAGCCUGUGGUCAGUCAGUAACAGCACCAUCACCCCAGUGUCCCAGUCUGGGGGCAUGUCCAGCGGCCUGAGCUCACAGUUCCUGCGGGGUUCCCCGGCUCAUUAUCCGUCUUUGGCUCAUUCAGUGAGCGCCACCUCCUCGGGGUCGCCCCUGUACGACAGUGGAACCGGCAUCGAGCUGUCGGAGAGCCAGUACGAUGCUUCUCCGCACAGCAGACUCACUUCCACAUGGACUACAGUAACUCCCCCAUCCAUGUGA